UUCGGUCUGGCAGUGUAAAUGAAAAACACAACAAACGUGGCCACAACAGGAAAGAGGAGCAAGCUAGCGAGGGAGAGAGAGCUACCAACCAGCUAUCCACGCGUCUGCUGUGUCGCUCACUUCACCCGAAUCUGCCGCAAGGACGCUGGACACUUUCGUCCAGUGGCACCAGAUCUCGCCGGCGACGGACGCGACAAGUCGAGUUUGCCGACCCAGUGAAGGACGGCCGGGCACGCGCAAGGGAACGAUUUCUAGGUAGCCCACCUCCGGCGAGAGGUGUAAGCGAAUACUCCACGCAGCAGCAUGUCGGCCCUGUCCAACCCGCUCGGCGACAGGACAUGGGUCCUCCCCCUCGCGGACGGCGUCGACGGGACCCUCACCAUCGGUUGGACCUUCGUUUUGCUGGCAUACUUCGUGCAUCCGGCCGUGGAGUGGGCGUUCCACAGGCUGCGCGCCUACCGCGCGUGGCGGUGCAUCCAGAAGCGCCAGGCUGUAGAGGUCACCAGCUACAACCUGGUGGCCGAGGUCUUCGGGGGGCGCGGCAGCUGGGAUUCCGCUCGCAACAUCGCGGUGAUCCUAGCGGUGUUCUCCCUAACGUCCUGGGGCCUGGAGCUGUCGAUGGACUUGGCAUUCCUGGAGGGCGAGGCCGAUCUUCUAAAUCGGCCACCGCCGGUGUUCCUGAGGCCUGAAACGAACGACACCAACACUGACCCCUGGCAGGCGAGUAUCGUCCUAACCCUGAGUGAUAUAGAUCCUGACUACAACGGUAAUUGGCGAGACUUGGAGCGUUUGAACGUCGAAGAAACGCACGCCAACUCCAGGUACUACAUCGAGAAGGAUACCAGGGAUUACCUCGGGGAAUCGGCAAAGGAUACUUUCAUCAACGGCAAGAUUCUGGUCGCCAGCUGGGACGACAAACCGAGCCUGUUCUACGACACCAACGGCGCAAACGUCGAUAGCCUCGAGUGCUCCGGGGAGACCCUGAAGGACGCGGAGGUCUACCUCGGGACCGAUUUGUGGGGCAACGCGCUCGACUGCGAGCGGGGACCUAGGCCCAACGGCUUGACGACCAGCCCGCCAGCAGUCGUCCUCACCAACGGCGAUUCCGGACGGGUGAGCGUCAUCGUCGAGGAGAGCAGCAGCUACCCCACCUUCCUCUAUUCCGUCUGGACGGCCGAAGGCUCGGACUCGGUGGAGCUCGCCUACCUGUUCCACGUCCAUUCCACCAUGCGGCUUGUCGAGGCCGUCAUCACCGGGAUCGUGCACGGAGAGACUGAGGGCGGCGCGUGCUUGGGCCUGCUCAGGGUGUUCAGCGAGACCCGCAUGCCGUACGAAGAGGGCCUCGAUCGGGCCUCUCCCUUUGGCGAGAUCCCCACCGGGGACACCGUCCUGGUGCAGGACCUGGAGACCAUCGAAGCCGGCAUGGAGAUCAACAUGAACGCGCUCAUCUGCCUCUUAUUGGUGAUGGCGUCCACCGCGGUGUGCGUCGUCUGGCUCAUCUGUCUCCGCAACUCCAUCGGCAUGGACGUCUACGACAGGGACGAGCUCCUCCGCGCUGUAUCCCUCCAGGGGCACGCGUCGAAAGACCCCGCAGCCGAGCACCCCGCGAUCCGCAUCUUCGUGCGGAGGGAAGACAGCGGCAACAUCACCGUCUUCAUCAACGACAGUCACGACAAAGAGCAGAAGGCCUGGGAGCGUUUCCUCCGGCGCCACACUUCCAAGGUGGUGGAGGGCGACGACCGCUUGCCUGCUGGGGGGUAUGCCGAGGCCGCCCUGUCCGACGACGGAUUCGGUGGCGCGACAGUGCCCGUGGAAAACACCGUGUCCCUGGGGGGCUUUCAGGCCGACUACAAUACGCACGACGUGUCGUCGGCUGGAACUCCGGCCCGCUCGGGCAUUAGAUCGCUGGCGGUAACCCCUGUGCGCGACACCAUCCGCCGGAAUCCGAGGCCAAAUCCUUUCAAGGGCAUGGACUCGCCGGUCAGCGGUAGCGACGGUGGGCUGUAGCAGUAGUGGCAUCGUGGAGGAUCGGGGAUGACAGCGGGAAUAAAAACGGCUAGGGACCCAACGUUCGGCACGUCGGGUGCCUCGAAGUGGCCGUCGACGACGCUUCCGUGAGAAUUCGUCACGCUUCCGCCCCUCAUCGGAAACUCUACCUGGACGUCGCAAGAAAAGACGACAAACACAAACAACUCCACCGGCGUCAUGCGUUGGGGAAAUGAGGCGGGUAUCCGUGGCCGGCUCAUCCUCGACAUAAUGAGACGACUGCUGAUCACGCAUUGCCAUCGCCAAGCCUUCAGGAGUUGAUCGCAACACGGGCGGGCAAACCUGUAGUAUCGUAAAUGUUGCGCAGCUGCAGCUUUGAGAGCUCUUGUGCCCGACGUCGAUGCCUUUGGUGGGUACUGUAGAGGGGGGUGCCUCUUGGUUCGUUUCCCCGUGAAACGGUGUUACUGUAGGGUAAAGGUUCUUUGCACGUGCGAUCGAAGAGUAUCACCUCUUGUGCAAAACAUCUUCUGGUUUCUUUUUGCAUGGAGGAAGUACAUGGCGGUACUUUUUGAGUUUCGGCAUCAUUUUCUCUUUUUAUUGCGGCUAGACGUGGACUUCGUCUAAUCGACGGCCGACCCUGGUGCGUUGAGCCGAGGAGAGUCAUUACUUCCUGUGAUGACAUUGGUGGCGUGGUUUAGACGAAAGGGCACCGCCGGGAGCAGGCGACUUGGGGAAUCAAGAACGGUGCAAUGGGUGCGCAUCCACAGCAGUAUUUGGUAGCGCUCGCAGUCGAAGGUCGUUUUCAUCGCUUUGAAAGUUCGUGUGCAUUUUCAGGAGUGGAGACGUCUGUCGGAGUAUUUGAGAGAGGAGGACGAAUCUGACGUCGAAGAUUUUCUGGGGAGAUCGGCACGUGUAUUGACCGAUAUCCCACAAUAAAAUUGAGAUUGAUCAGCACUUUCGACAGGGAUCGAAAAUUGGUUGGAAAGUUUCAUCUUCCGAUUACCGAUUACACCACCACUAGCGGCCCUUCCUUUCUGAAUUUAUUUUGUUGACGAUGAGUCUCGAGACUGGAGCUGGGGCCAUCAAAAUAUUUUAUUGCCAUGGCCGAUUAGGCUGAGUCUUCCCUUUCAUUGGCGAGUUUCCACUAUUGGGAGGUUAUUAAUAUUGUGUACUUCGUGCUUAUUGUGUAUACCUACCGUAUUUGCCCCUGGUGUGCUACCACCACAGUAGUACACACUUCAAACUUCAACGUUCUGGAUUGCAAAUUGGGAGCGGGUUCUAUCUAGGAAACGUUGGCAAUGAUGAAGCAAAUUGCUGCGGCACCGCUGCAGCUGCCGUCUCGCUUUUUCAAGAAGAUUUGCUUUGGAGGGCGUCAGUUACUGCUUCUGCUGUGGUUCAUGAGUGUAUCGACUAGAGUGUCAACGGUCGGCCUGGGUAGUUCGAGGAUGUAGCAUUUUCCCACUCUUGUUUUUAAGAUGGACCGAUCUUUUUAUAGUCUUCCGGACGAACUGCUAGACUACACACAAUCUUGUUAUUUUUAUAGAAAUGCUUGUAUUGUCAUACUACAAGGAUGGAUCGGAUGUACAUGGAUGGAUGGAUUGUUCAAUGUUGCUGCAUGCCGAGAGCUUGGAGGAGAUGGCACCUGCAAAAUAUGUAUUGUUACGACGUAGGGAUAGAUACAGCUGAGCUUCGAGGGUGCUGCCGUAGCAUGAGUGAGUUGUCAUACGAUACAUAUCUAGAUCUACGGGUACACCCCAAAACCAUUGACUACACUGCCGGUUGCUGGCUCCGUGUUGUACCUAUUGUUGUUGUUGUUGUUGUUGUUGUCGUUGUUGCUUUCCUUCACAUUAAACUCGUGUCAGUUGCUAAUCCCAAAAUCUAGCAAAGACUCGGUCCGUGGUCACAAAAAUGCUAGAGCCAUCAGAAAAUCUGAAGUACACACACACUAUUAGCAAGAAAAGCGUACGCAAGCCCGACGAGGAGGUACACCUGCAAUCCCUGCAGCACGUUUGCGUGCUCACAUCAGA